AUGUACACGCUGACGAUGAUGAGGUCAGUACUUGGAGUUUCACCUGAAGUGUGGGACAAACUUGACACUCCCUACAAGGUGAAGCAGUAUGAGCUGAACACCAUCAAGGAGCUCUGUGAUAUACUCGAGCCAUUUGAGUAUGUGACUAAUCAGAUUCAGGGACAAAACAUGGUAACAUCUAGUCUGGUAGUUAACAGUGUUCGUGGUCUUGGGGCUGCUUUAGCUAGUCUUCAUGAAGUGUAUAAAAGCAAGUUUGUUUCUGUACUUCAGUCCUCAACAGAGACUCGUCUGAAUAAGUUUGAGUCUAUGGAGGCUUUCCAGCUAGCUGCCACCUUAGACCCACAUUAUAAGCUGGACUGGUGCCAUGACUAUGACAAUGAAGUGCAAGACAUUCGUGACCUUCUGACUGUGAAAUACAAUAUGGCACACAGUGUUGAUCCUACAACAACAGACACUUCCCCUGCUGAACCACCACCGAUGAAGAGGAACAAGUUCUUUGCCCUGGCCAACCGGUCUUCUACACCAAGACCAACUCCAUCAGAAACUGAGGUCUCACUCUACCUCAACCAGCCAUGUCUACAGGAAGAUGGUGAUCCACAUGGCUACUGGAAGGCCAAGCAACCUGAGUUUCCUGUCUUCACCAGGCUUGCAGCAAAGUACCUGGUCAUUCCUGCUACAUCGGCUCCUGUGGAACAACUAUUCUCCAUUGCUAGCAAGCUCUUCAGGCCAGAGAGGUGCAAUUUAAAAGAUAAGAUUUGA